CACAGAAAACUCCUGGUGAAGCAACUGAAAUCCACGUGGCGCACUAUUAUAAAGAUGGCGUUUAUUAAAGAGGAGAGUGAAGACAUUAAGAUUGAAGAAACAUUCAGAGUGAAACAAGAAGAUACUGAUGAACAAACAGUUUUCUUUGACUUCAAUUUUGAGGGAAUACCCCGUUCCCUUUCGUAGUGGAACUCAACACUGCAUCUGGAUUGACCCAAUAGAUGGAACGCCAUCAGUGUGACCGUUUUCUGAAGCAUGUGUAUACAUACAACAGUUUCAUUGGCUAAGGACAGUCCAUGAUGUCACUACCGGAGCGCCCACCUGAGGAUGCUGAAAGAGGAGAGUGAAGUACUGAAUGAAAUGGAGGAGAAAGAUUAUUAUAAUUACAUAACUGAAGAAAAAUCUUUCAGUUACUCACAGAUUCACAAUGAAGAUAAGCCUGUUACAUACCCUCAGUGUGGAAAGACUUUUGAUCAAGAUGAAAACAUGAGAAUUCACACUGUAGAGAGUCCUUUCAUCUGCCAUCAGUGUGGAAAAAGUUUCACUCAAAAAGGAAGCCUUAACAGGCACAUGAGAAUUCACAAUGGAGAGAAGCCUUACAUGUGCCCUCUGUGUGGAAAGAGUUUUAAUCAACAUGGAAACCUUGAAGUCCACAUAAGACUUCACACCGGAGACAGGCUUUUUACCUGCCAACAUUGUGGAAAAAGUUUCAACCGAAAGGGAAACCUUAAUUACCACAUGAGAGUUCACACUGGAGAGAGCCCUUUCACCUGCCAACAGUGUGGAACAAAUUUCACUGUAAAGGGAAGCCUUGUUAGGCACAUGAGAAUUCACACCAGAGAGAAGCCCUACACAUGCCCUCAGUGUGGAGAGAGCUUUGAGCAACAUGGAAGCCUUAAAGUCCACAUGAGAAUUCACACUGGAGAGAAGCCUUACACAUGCCCUCAGUGUGGAAAGAGCUUUGAUCAACAUGGAAACCUUAAAGUCCACAUGAGAGUUCACACUGGAGAAAAGCCUUAUACAUGCCCUCAGUGUGGAAAGAGUUUUGAUCAACAUGGGAACCUUAAAGUCCACAUGAGAGUUCACACUGGAGAAAAGCCUUACACAUGCUCUCAGUGUGGAAAGAGUUUCACUCAAAAAGGACACCUUGAAGUCCACAUGAGAAUUCACACUGGAGAGAAGCCUUUUGCCUGCCAAAACUGUGAAAAAAGUUUCAAACGAAAAGGAAUCCUUAACAGGCACAUGAGAAUUCACACUGGAGAGAACAAGUUUCAGUCAGCAUGGAAACCUUAAAGUCCACAUGAGAAUUCACAGUGGAGAGAAGUCUUUUAUAUGUGGUCAGUGUGGAAAGAGUUUCAGAUGUAACGUAACCCUAAGUACCACAUGAGGAUUCACUUUAGAGAGAAUUGUUUUAUUUGUCAUCAGUGUGGUAUAAGUUCCAGACAGGAAACACCUUAGGAAUCAUGUAAAAGAGAAGCUAUAAGCCGUCAUUAAGGAAAGACUCAUUCUAGGAUAAAAUUGCAGUGUUCCUCAGUGUGGCAAGAAUUUUACAAAAUAGAGUAAUUUUAAAAAAAUUGUGCAUUCUGGUGGAAGACAAUUACAUUUUUCUGAAUGUAUUCCAUUUUACAGAUCCACCUGAAAAUUGAUGCAAAUGUGAGACCCUAUUUGUGUUCUUUGUGAUGCCAUUACUCACAAAAAUACACAUUCUUACAGAGUU